CGGAGAAGGUUCCUCCAGUUUUUCUCUCUGCCAGCGGACAGCCAAAAUGUUGGCCAUCCUGUCUGUGCUGUUUUUGUACCUUUGUAGUCCGGUCUGUGGCGUUUUUCAGAAACUUUACUGCAGCAUAUCAGACAGCUGCGACUGCGACUUUAAGCCGAAUAUCAAAGACCUGGAGUGGGACCUCUACAAGAAUGUGUACGGCCAACAUCUGGCCCAGGACAUUGUGUCAGAGGAGGUGGCGAGGUUCCUUCAGAAUAAAAGCCCCGAGCGGCCCCUGGUGCUGUCCUUCCACGGCUCCUCCGGGACGGGGAAGACGCUGGUCAGCUCCAUGCUGGGAAACCACCUGUACGGCUUGGCGAUGAGCAGCCCGUACGUCCACCAGUUUGUUCCCAUGCUGCACUUCCCCUUACCGGACCGGGUCCAGGAGUACAGGGAGGAGUUGAAGAGUUGGGUGCAGGGGAACCUGACGGAGUGCGCUCGCUCCAUCUUCCUGUUUGACGAGAUGGAGAAGAUGCCUCCGGGUCUCAUCGACGUCCUGGAACCCUUCCUGGGUCCCUCCCACGUUGUGUUUCGCACCAACUACCGCAAAGCCAUCUACGUCUUCAUCAGCACCUCAGGAGAGGAGGUGAUCCACAGAAAGGCUCUGGAGAGCCGGCAGGCCGGACGGGACCGAGAGGAGAUCACAGCGGAGGACUUCCAGGAAGCCAUCGCACGGCGGUUUCUUCCAGUCCUCCAUCCUCCGUCAGAAGCUCAUCACGCGCUUCGUUCCCUUCCUGCCGCUGAGCCGGCGUCACGUGGAGCGCUGCGUCCGCUCGCAGCUCUGUCAGCGGGGCAGCUGCGGCCGCGGCGACGUGGUGGAGGCGGUGGCCGGAGAUAUGACCUACGCCCCCGUGCAGGGACACUACUUCUCCACCACCGGCUGCAAGGCCGUCCCCGCCAAAAUAAACCUCUUCCUGUGAGCCGAGGAAGAGAACUUGUUUUUAAAAGACUGAAAGAGAGAGAGUGGGGGACGGGGGGGAAGGGGGGACUCCCUCUGGAGGUAAGUCAGUGAGGAGGAGACGGAUCUCAAAUCAGUUUCAGAGCAGCAGCCAACUUCACUCAGGGGGAAUUGAACACGCAGCUUUUGUGCCGUCAAUGCAGAAGGUCCCUGAAGGCAUCGCCGGUACGCGUCGGGCUGAGAGCUCAGGAGAGUUUAUUCCCUGAGUCUGAAGCAGGAGUCAUGUGACGCUCUACCUCAACUCCUCCUUUCCUCCAUGAACUCUACAGUUAGUACUUUCAUAUGUCAGCUGCCAUCAGUUUAUUUAUUCAGUAUUUAUUGAUCUCGCCCCUCGACACCUCGUCACACUGGUCCGGUCCCAGUUCACCCACAGUUGGAGCUGCAGAUUUCAGUUUGGGAGUUUGACUAGAAAAGGGAUUGAAACUUUGAAUACGUCUGAAUGUUUCCAUUUGUGACGGGAGAAAUCAAACAUAUCCUUAAAUACGAACCCAAUCAUUAAAAUAUCAGCUUCACUCAGCGUCCUCUAGAGUAUCAGCAUAACAUGUGUUGUACUAAAACUACAUGUAUUUAAAGAAGUACAACGUGCAUAAGUAUUUAUCUUCUGGAUUUGACUUGAAAGUAGUUUUUCUGCUGCUCUGCACUUUGCCCGCUGUGCCACCAGGGGGCAGUGACGACUUCCUUUAGCCAACCAGAGGACGGGUGAAGCAGAGUUCACCUGCAGCUCCGUGCAUUUCUAUUCAGACGAGCUCUGUUAAACAAUGUAUUUAGUGUCUUUAAUGUAGAAUGUAUUUUAAAGACGAGUCCUGUGUGUGUCAGCACAGAGAAAAGUGCACUUUACUCCUUCUGUGGAGGAUAAACGGACCUGCUGCACUAGAGUCUCACUCUGCCUUUGUGAAGGUUGUGUUGAGUCCAAAUGAACGCUUUUAAUUCUGAAAUAUUGCCACGAGUUUGAAUUGUUUACAACUCACUGAUGAUUAUAAGGAUGUGAUGUGUGCGUGAAGAGCUGCAGCAGCAAGUCAGACAAUUAAAAUGCAAUGAAAAUCAAACUUAAUAUAAUUUACAGGUGCAGUACGAGAGAAGAAGUCUGUAGCUUCACUGUGCAGUCAGUGUUGUCAAAAGAGAAGAUUUAUCAACUAUUUAACAUUUAUUUUCCCUUUUUCCAUCCAGCUAUUGUUUUCAGUUUUUAUAUUUUCUAUUGUUUUAUUUUUUAUUAUAUAUCAGAGACUUGAACGUUGUACACAAAGAAGACUGUAAACUCCCACCAGACUCCGUGCUGAUAUGGUUGUUGGCAGUGAGCGUAUCACUCUCAGGAGUAUUUAUAGAAUUGUUCUGCCAUAGUUGUAUGAACCACUACAUUUCCAGGUUGCAGCCGCUGAAGUGCCUGAGUGUCUGUACUACAGUGUGAUGACAAAAUAAAAUGUAAAUGCUCAACAACACUGUUGUUCUGUUGAGACAAAAUGUCCAUUAAAUACAAUACAACAUGA